CGUUGGCGAUGUGUUGUAUUUGCUGCAGUGUUCGCCAGCAGAAGAUCUGGGUCUUUACCGUGGGAGGCCUGAUCCUAGCCUUGGGCGUUUUUCUGGUUUCUGCCUGGCCGGCUGUAUCCCGCCAUUGGAUUCGCAGUCUUCUGCCCUUGGCACCCAACUCCUUCAUCUACAGACGCUGGGUAACCACGCCAAUGCCACUGUACAGCACAAUUUACCUCUUCAACUGGACUAAUCCGGAGGAUUUGAACACCGAGGGCGUUAAGCCCAACUUUGAACAGCUGGGACCGUACACGUUCAGUGACUUCAAGGUCAAGGAAGAUCUGGAGUGGAACCAGCCCGAGGUGACUUAUUUUGGCAAACGCACCUGGCACUUUCUUCCCGAAAAAUCAAAUGGCUCUCUGGAUGAUGUGGUUGUGGCCCCACACUUUCCCUCUUUGACAGCUGCCUUCUACGCGCGCCCCAUGCGCCGCGUCCUGCGCAAGGUCAUGAACUUUGCCCUCAAUCGCGAGGGUGGCGCCACCCACAUGACCCACACAGCUGGUCAGUGGCUCUUCGACGGCUACUACGACCAUCUGCUGGACUUUGUGGAGCAGCUGCAUUCGCCCUUGCUGCCGGUUUACAGCAACACCUUUGGCUGGUUCUACGAGCGGAAUAAUUCGAAGACGGCCGAGGGAAACUUAACGGUGCACACUGGUCGUGGAGACCUGAGCCAGUUGGGAGAUCUACUCCUGUGGAAUGGCCUAAACACAACCGGUUAUUAUCCCGGUGAAUGUGGCAAGGUCAAUGGCAGCACGGGCGAACUCUGGUCGCCGGACAGAAAGUGGAGCCAACCCACCUCCAUUUUCCUAUCCGAUGCAGCGCGUUACUUGAACCUUUUCCCCCGGCAAAACCUCACCAUCGAUGGCAUAGAUGUCUGGCGCUAUGAGUCCACCAAUCUCACCCUCGACAAUGGCCAGUUGUCGCCGGACACUAAGUGCUUUUGCCUCGAGAAUCGCGAGUGUCCCCGCAACGGAGUCCUGGAUUACGGGCCACCGGCCUUCGACGGUCCGUUCUACAUGUCGCAUCCGCACUUUUACCUUACGGACGACCUGUACAGGGAGAACACCACGGGACUAAGGCCCGAGCAGUUCGAACACGGCAUGUUUGUGAUAAUGGAGCCCACACUGGGCAUUCCUUUGAACGUGAGAGGACAGCUCAUGAUUAGCACGAGAGUGGUGCGGGAUGAGGCCAUUGACUUGUUCAAGGAUGUAGCCUAUGAUCACUAUGCGCCCCUUUUUACCAUGAGAAUGCAUGCAGAAUUAGAUGAUAGCCUCAAAAGUUUACUAAAGCUUGGCUUAAAUGCUGCUAUUAUUGGUAUAUACGCUGGAAUCGGAUUACUUCUUUUAGGACUAACAUUGGUCACAGUAGGCUUGUUUGUCACAAAGAACCACAAGUGGUUCAACGAAAAAAAUUCCGAGGGCUAUCGUAAAGAAGAAAUGGAACACAAACAAGAAAAACGCACUUGAAACCGAUAAGACUGUUAACGCCAACAAAGCAAUAAUCUCGUUAAUCACAGGGCAAAUUUCGUCAUUGUUUAAGGCCAUAAUCAGUCCGAGAACUUUAAGGCCGGGCCAUAAAAAAUGCAAAUUACGUGCCCGGCUGGAUUAUCCAAUUUCGUUCAGGUGUUGCCCAGCUGCAGGCAUCUAGAAUUACACUAAAUUAUGGCCUUUCAAAUAUGCUAAAAUUUAUUAAUAUGUUAAUAAUUGUUUUUUACUGUUCGUUCAGGCCAUGCAAAGAAGUAGGGGAAAUAUCCUUAGGCACGUAAGUUGCAUACUUUAUGGCGUACGAACUCUUUCACCAGCCAGAGCCGGCAAAUACUGAACUGGAAAUUUGAAAAAUGCCAAAAGAAUAUUAUAAGCGGCUAAUUUAUAUGCACCAAGCACGCAAACUUACGUUUUGCACACACAUUGUUUGUGGCCCACGAAGGGCGAAGGAACAAGUUAAACAAUGUAUGAAAAUAUGAAAAUUAUAUGACUGCCAGUAUGUGUCGGCCAUAACUUUAACAAAAUCUGUGUGAGGGUGAGCAUUCUGGAGUAAUAAAAUACAUUGUUAAGUAAUGACUAGAAAUAUAAACAAAUAUGGAAUGUAGUAAAAAGCACUAAAGUAAAUAAAAAUAAUGCAAACAAAGUACAGCACACAUUUAUCAUUUAAUCUUGGAUUCAGCUUUUUAGCAUUCCCAAUGUAAAUGUAAUUUACUGUAAAACACCUUUAAAAACAGUCACAAACCUGAUUACUGUUUACAUUUUAUAAACACCUUGCAAAAACUAUUAAAUUGACAUAUUUUUAAUCAUUUGCUAAAAGUCAACGUACAAGACAUACUUGCUUUUGAUAAAAAAUCAUGUUAGCACAACAUACUUCAUUUUUUCAAUCGUAAAACAUGCUGAAUUUCAUGGCUGCUUUAAUUGACAAAUUUAAUCUUGACAAAUUGCCAAAGGCUGGUCAAAUAAAAUGAUUCCAACAUAUUUAUUAAAAUUAAUUUUACAGAAAGCUCAGUUUAUCAUUUCCGUGUUCAGUUUUCUUUCUUUAGUUUUUCUUCAUCAUUUGAUUUACGGCCAAGCUUCCCAAAUGUAUUAUUUAUUUACGAAUAUUUAAAAGACUUUCCCAAUAAAGCUUCAUUUAUUUCUAUCUGACACAUUUUCUUUUGACACUGAAUGGCAGAUAAGAGUUAUUUUCUCAGAGUAAUGUUUCAACUCAGUUUAUAAUUCUUUGGCUGGCCAGUGACUUUUCAAGGGUUGGCUAUAAGCUAUUCCAUU